AUGAAAGCCCGUGAAAAAUGGGGUUUAGUGAUAGUCUAUUCUGAUCCUGCACCUGAAAUUUGGUGGACAUUUCAAAAUAAAAUCAUUGGUAAGAUGAUAUCAGCUGUAAAUGAACCUGAUAUUCAUACUGGUUCCUAUACAAUUCGUUAUUUGUGUCUAUCAACAUCUUCUAUGGAUUUAUCACCUGCAACAUGUCUUAAUAAAACAACAACAUUAACAAUAUCAAAUAUAGGUACUGAACAUAAUGGAACAUAUAAUUGUGUUGCUGCUAUACGUAAUCAAGGACGUUCAGAUAAUGAAUAUUUAUCAUAUGAAUUACGAGUCCGACAAACAUCAUUAAUUAAUAGCUCAUUUCUUCUAUGGAUUAUUGGAAUAUUUCUAUUUCUAUUUUUAUUUCUUCUUAUUCUAUUAUGUUUAUGUUGCAUUCUACGUUGUUAUCAAUCAAAUCGACAACAAACUAAACGAAAUAAAGCAUUAUUAUUUGAUAGUAUGAAUAAUCAAAAUGGUUUCUUAGUAGAAAAUGGAAAUAUGUAUAAAGAAAAAAAUGAUGAACAACAUCGAUAUGUUACAAAUGGAACUUUUGAUCCAUAUGAUAUGGUUGAUUCAAGAUCACAACUUGGCCCACCAAUGUAUAGUGAAGUACGAAUAGUUGAUUCAACACCGUUAAGAAGUAUUGGUGGUGGUUCAAUGUCAUCAACAUUAUUGCGACGAAAUGACCCAUUUUAUGAUAGUUCUCGAUCGGAUAAACAACUUUAUGAACAAGUUUAUCGACCAUCUCCCCUUGAAUCAACUAUAGUUGAUGAAUUUGAAGAUGAAAUGAUAUUUCCUACAGGAUAUGAAGAAGAUUAUCAAUAUCGUGAAGAUAUAAUUAAACCAAAUCAAGCUGUUGAUCCUCGACGACAAGCAAAAGUACAGCAUACAAAUCAUGAUCGAACAAAUGAAACAAAUGUUUUACCUUUGUCUAAUCCUAUAAAUGAGAAUCAUAUAUCUGAUGAAAAAUUUACUUCAACAUCAAAUAUAACUAAUAAAUCGAAUUUGGAUUUCAAUUCUAAAUUUAAUAAAUCGGAAUCUCCAUAUGCAGGUUUAGUUGAAUCACAACUUUAG